AUGGGGUUCCUGAGAGCAGGCGAGGUGAUAGUGGGCGCCGCUCACAGCGUGGUGCUCCUCGCGCCGCUGAGCGAGAGGGACAGAGGACGCUUCGGGUCACUGUUCGUUACCAACUACAAGCUGUCCUUCGUACCUAUGGAUGGAUCAGACGAUGACUACCCCGGUCAGAGGAACCACCUGGUGGGGGUACACGAUGUCCCUCUCACGGGUGUGGGGGCUUUAUGGCAGACGGACGGGGGACCUGCGAGACGACGACGGCUACAACCACGCUCUGACGUGCCCGCUAAGCUGAAGGGACUACAGGUUGUUUGUAAGAACAUGAAGGUGUUGACGUUCAACUUCGCCAACUCCCCGAUCGGCAGCGGGCGCAAGGUGGCCAUGACGCUCCUGCACCACUCCUUCCCCAAGCGGCAUCACCUGCUGUUCGCCUUCGAGUACAGGGAGCCCUACUACCCCACCCUGCCGCCCGACAUGAACAUGUUCCAACGACCCGGAGACUGGAAGAGGGAGCUGGAGAGGUGCGAGUGUCCGCACUGGAGGAUCACCUGCAUCAACGGGACCUCGGACGGGUUCAUGUUGACGGCGGGAGAGACCUUGAUAGUGCCCAAGUCCGUGUUGGACUGUAACCUGAUCGAGUCCGCGCGUCACUUCCGCUCGGGCCGCGUGCCCGUGUGGGUGUGGGGCAGGAGGGAGGGCGCCGCGCUGCUCAGGAGCGGGGAGCUGCUGCCCACCGACCAGGCGCCCACCGCUGAGAGCGUGCUACUGGAACAGGUCCGUCGCUCGCACCCCAAGCUGUCCCCGCCGCACGUGAUCUACCCGUGCGGGAACCCCUUCACAGCGCCCCCUCCGUCCUGCCUGCCGCCCCUGGGGUCGCUGCACGCCGCCUACAACAAGCUGGUGGAGCUCUGUACACCGACCACACUCAGCGCAUUCUGGAUGCAAGACUCCCAGUACUACUCGAUCCUGGACUCGUGUCGUUGGCUCCGUUACGUGUCAAGUUGCAUCUCGUUCGCAGACGAGGCCGCCUCACACCUAGAGAACAACAUCACGGUCGUCUUACAGGAAGGUGACGGUGUCGACUACAGCGCCGUCGUAUCAAGCCUGACCCAGCUGCUUGUGGACGAGAGCUGUCGUUCUCUGUCCGGCUUCCAGUCUCUUAUCCAGAAGGAGUGGCUCGCUCUAGGACACCCCUUCUGUGACAGGUUCGGCCUGCCGCCCCCCGGCAAGGAGUCGCCGGGCGCGCCCCCCCGGCCGGCGCCCGUGUUCCUGUUGUUCCUGGACUGCUGCUGGCAGCUCCAGCGCCAGUUCCCGUCGUCGUUCCAGUUCUCUGAGACGUACCUCACGACCCUGUGGGACUGUGUCCACAACCACGUGUUCGACACCUUCCUCUUCAACUGCCCCCGGGACAGGGAACUCGCUGUGUCUAAUAAGUUCAUAGAGCGCCCUCUGUGGGACUGGGAGGAGCAGUUCUCUGAGAACGACAUCGCGCUGUUCUACAACCCGCUGUACGUGGCUCUUAAAACGCCCACACCGACACAGAAGAUGGCCAAGACCGACCGUCCCCUUCGUCGUCUCCAGCCGUGUACGAGUGUAGCGGCCAUGGAGCUGUGGUCGCAGUGUUACGAGCGGUGGCUCACUCCGCUGGACGUGCCGCGCUCAGGACACGUGCACUACCACUUGCACCACGCGGGGCUGCUCAGACAGAUCCACAAGUUAUCGGAGCGCGUGUCGUCUCUGUCUAUCAUGAGUCGUGAGUGUAACGGCUCGGAGUCUCCAACGAGCUGUCCGCCGCUUGUGAGUCGCUUCUAUCCCUUCAGUUCGCGAGGUGAUGACGCGGCCCGAGCCCUAGACGACAUGCAGCUCACACUAAUAGACGCCAGCGACCUCCUCGACUCACAAUCACUACUCAACGCGCCCGACUAA